GACACGCAUUCUGGCUGCCAGCGCACAGGUGUAUUAUAUUUCAGGCUGUGAGGCUCUAUUAUAUAAGAACACGUGUUCCGCAAGCCGUGUGAUUAUUAGACAAAUAACAUCAAGCAAAGUUGCACAGUCGAAGAGAACAUAUUUAGUGAAAUCGAUAGUGAGUAAAUUAAAAACAGAUCAGUAUACAAGUGCAUAUAAUUAUAAUGUCGUGGAUAAAAAAUCUUAAAAUAUGGCUCUUCAAUCAAAUGUGUACGAGCGAAGCACGUCUCGACGGUAAAACUGAUGUGAUAACGGGAGCAAGUAGUGGUAUCGGCAAGGAAACUGCCAGAGAUUUAUAUGCGAGAGGCGCCAGAGUAAUUUUAGCUUGUAGAGAUAUAGAGAAGACGAAUAAAGUAGCUGAAGAUAUAAAGAAUAAUCCACCUUUAAGGGUCAAUAAAGAUGAAUAUAAAAAGAACACAGGUGAACUUGCAAUUUAUUUUCUGAAUCUACGUAGUUUAAAGAGCGUGAGAGAUUGCGCUAAAAACUUACUGACGAACGAAGCAACUAUUCACAUACUUAUAAAUAAUGCCGGUGUGAGUGCGCUUCCGUACGAGAAGACGCAGGACGGAAUUGAAACGACAUUUCAAGUCAAUCAUCUUGGUCAUUUUCUUUUGACACUUCUGCUAUUGCCAAAAAUGCAGUUAUCUUCUCCCAACUGCAGAAUAAUCAACGUCUCGUCAUUUACAUAUGUUGCUGGUGACAUAGAUUUCGAUGAUAUUAAUCUGGAGAGAUCUUACGGACCACUUAAAAGUUAUACACAAUCCAAAUUAGCGAAUAUUCUAUUUACCAAGGAACUUGCUCGUCGAUUGAAAGGAGCAAAUAUUCGUGGGAUAAACGUAUAUGCUGUACAUCCUGGUGUUAUUUCUACCGGAAUAUCACAAUAUGGCAGCAGUACGGUAUUUCCAGGUGCAACUUUUUGUUUCAAUACGUAUGCCCAAUUAUUUUGUAAAAAUAUUAUACAAGGAACGCAAACAACAAUAUAUUGCGCAGUGGAUGAAGAAACAGCUAAUGAUACUGGACUUUAUUAUUCGAACUGUGACAUUGCUACUACAUAUCGCAAGGCGAAUGAUCCACAAUAUCCCGAAAAAUUGUGGAAUUUAUCUUGUCGUCUUUUGCAUCUGGAACCAGAAGAAGAUUUUAUCACAUUUUUGAAAACAGUUUCACGUCAAAUGCUUUAAAAAAAAUUUCUUUUUUUACAGAUGAAUUAUCGUA